CAGGCACGCUGCGGUAACUUUUCUCCAGUUCAGCUUGAACCAAAGUGAAGCUCCAACAAACCCGCGGCUUUCUCCUCCUCUGAGCGCGUGGAGGACGGGGAAAAACAGGCGGGAAAACAGAGGAAGUCUACCUGAGAGUGGAUUUGUUUCUUCUUCUUCUGCUCGGAGCGUCAGAUCGAUUAUUUAGAGUUUGUGGAUCAGAAGGAGGGUGGAGGUUGAGUCUGAUGUUUGAGUCCCACUCUUCCAGCUGAAUGUACAGCAUCAUGAUGGAGACGGACCUUCACUCCCCCACGGUGCCGCAGACUAACCCGUCCAUCCCGGGGGGACACCCGGGGGGAGGAGGAGGAGGGGGAGGAAAAGUCCCUCAGGAGCGCAUCAAGAGACCCAUGAACGCCUUCAUGGUCUGGUCCAGGGGUCAGAGGAGGAAGAUGGCGCAGGAGAACCCCAAAAUGCACAACUCUGAGAUCAGCAAGCGGCUGGGCGCGGAGUGGAAGGUGAUGACGGAAGCCGAGAAGAGGCCGUUCAUCGACGAGGCGAAGCGGCUGCGGGCCAUGCACAUGAAGGAGCACCCGGACUACAAAUACCGACCGCGGAGGAAGACCAAGACGCUGCUCAAGAAGGACAAGUACUCCCUGGGUGGGGGUCUGCUCGGCUCCACGGGGAUGGCUGCAGGCCAGAGGCUGGAGAGCCCCGUGGGGGGCCAGAACCCGGGCUACGCCACGCACGUGAACGGAUGGGCGAACGGCGCCUACUCGGGCCAGGUGCUCGCGGCCCACGCCAUGAUGCAGGAGGCUCAGCUGUACUCGCAACACCCGGGCUCCGGAGCCCACCACCCGCACGCCCACCACCACGCGCACAACCCGCACAGGUACGACAUGAGCGCGCUCCCGUACAGCCCCAUCUCAAACUCUCAGAGCUACAUGAGCGCGUCCCCGCCGGGCUACGGAGGCAUCACCGGCUACAGCCACGCGCACCAGAGCUCGGGGGUCUCCCCGCUGGGCUCCCUGGUCAAGUCCGAGCCCAGCGCGAGCCCUCCGGUGUCCACAGCGCGCGCUCCGCCGCCGUGCCCCACGGGAGACCUCCGGGACAUGAUCAGCAUGUACCUGCCGAGCGGAGAGACGGCCACGGGAGAGCCGGGCGUUCACAGCAGACUGCACGUGCUCCAUCCACAGCACUACACGAGCAGCGGCUCGGUGAACGGGACAGUCCCCCUGACCCACAUUUAACCGUUUCUGUGUUCAAAAGAACCAAAAAUAACGGGCGGAGUUUGGCUGCUGCCGAGGAUGAAGAUGUAAAUGACCGGCGGUGAGAGCCAUCAAUGCAAUCACUCUGAUCGAUCACUGAUCGAUCACUCUGAUCAAACUUUUCUAUCAGUUUUCUUUCUGUCUGAGUUUGAACCUCUGCUCUCUGGAUCAGAGCAUGCCAACUUUUCAUUUGAACUCGAAUCCGUGAAGCCUGGCGCGGGUUUGGAGUGGAGUUAAAGGCGCCACGGCGCGUGGAGGAUGUGUGUGUGCCGCUUGAAUUGAUUUCCACUUUUAAUGCUUGUAAACAUGUGAGUCAGUCGUUGUAAUUUGAAUUUGUUUCUGUUGUUGUAAAAUCUUGUACAUUGUGAAUAAAUAGGCCGACUGAAAACAUUCAGUGGAAGAGAAUUCACCUUUACGCACACUUUACGCACAGUUUUACGCACAAAAGGAAGGCGAAGAUGCCACUUUUUAUUCUUCUAAAAAGGCUAAUUUUAAAGUUUGAUUUCUACUAAAUCAAAAUCUAAAAUCCUGUUAAUGUAAGCUUCAUAUUUUACUGAUAAACUGGUUAAAUUCAGUCUUAAAAACGGGCCAAAUCCGAUCAAAACGCGCAAAAGAAUGUUCAUUUUUAUUUUAUAAGGUCAAAUCGAUUAAAAUGAUUGUCCGAAUAAUUCAAGCUUUUAAUUUAUUCAUCUCCUCUUUGUUUCUUUAAAUUAAAUGAAUGCAUUCCUCUU